AUGGCCACUUGCGUCAUCCGCACAGGAUCGAUGGCACGGCCGUUGCCGUUGCUCCUUGAAGUCUCUUUCCCUGGAGUUGUCUGGUGGAAAGCUCGGGCGCUCUCGCGUUGGCCCUUCUCACGGAGAGGCGUGGAGACUUUCAGUUUCGCCCAUUCGCAAUUCUUUGAACGCCAGGCAGGAGCUCCACGUCGUGUCACGAAACUGACACGUAGAGCGCAGGUUUCUAGUUCGUGCAUUGCCCGAGAAGCUACUGAAGAUGUCAUGCUUUGGGAAGGCCGCGGACGUCGCUCUUCUAUAAGUCGUUCUCAGUCUGACGAGUUUACCGUCAACGGUCGCGUCAGAAGCUCAGUGCCCGAUACUCGUCCGGGCCAGCAUGCACACUCGGGUCAAGGCGUACAUUGUAAGGGACGGUGUUCUACCUCUGGGGUCCUUGAAAAUUGUGACCGAUCAUCACCAGUUGCGCACUUUUCUAUAGACACAACUCCGUUCAAUUCCUCUGUCGGUAAUGUUUCUUUACAACCGCUGUGGGCACGCCGGUGUUGGUCUGCGGCUUGUUGCUCGGCAGCGACUUCUUCUCCUCGUGGAAUAGUCAAUCCAGCAGCAUUUUGCCUUCGUCUUUUUUCGAGCACCACGAAACAAUCUGGAAAGAAAGUUUCGAGGACGCCGAGUGAAGCUUCUUCGGUGACGGCGCCAACAGAAGCGGCACCACAGAAGAAGGAUUUCAAAAAGGUGGGGGGAAAAGAGAGCUUCAGCCAGUCUGGACGCUCUGGGAAAUCUGCCGUCGCUACAGGCCAGGUCGAGUCCGCGGCAAGACCAUUUAACUUGAAUGGUUGGUCUGGGGCUGACACGGUCAACUCGUUGGCUGCUGCGGAACACUGGGAACCGUCUCGUCUGACUCUGAAGCAGCAUCAGCAAGUCGUCGUGUGGAAGAAGAACAGAACGUGUAUUUUGUGCAAGAAGGAGGUCCAAGGAGGGAGUGUCGAGAAAGUCGAGACAGCGUGCGAGAAGGCCUGGCGUUUCCUCUCAGGCUACUCCAGAAGCGCCCACGUCUGUCCUAUUCUUCCGUAA